AUGUCGUUCGGCACCGGCGGCUUCGGCUUCGGCCAGGCCAACCAGCCCCAGCAGCAGUCGACGGGCUUUGGAGGCUUCGGCACCAACACGAACACCACGUCAGCCUUUGGUCAGGCCACUCCCUCGGCUUUUGGAACUCCCGCCAACAACACGACUGGUGGUGGACUUUUCGGUGGUGGCGGCACUUCUGGUGGGUUUGGAAGCACAGGCGGCGGCGGUUUCGGAUCCACGAACACCGGCGGGUUCGGCGCAAAACCCGCAUUCGGCGCAGCUACGACGACCGCCGGUGGUCUCUUCGGCAGCUCAACGACGACUACUGCCGGACCUUCCGCUUUUGGAGGCUUCGGCUCAAAUACCAACACCGCCAACACUGGCUCGAGUGCUUUUGGAGGCGGUAGCUCUCUAUUUGGCGCAUCCAAGCCCACAACCGGCUUUGGCUCAGGGACCACGGGCGCCACGACCGGCACAUCGCUCUUCGGCUCAGGGGCCAACACCGGCGGCGGCGGCUUUGGGAGUGCUGCUGGGGGAGGCUUUGGUGCGAGUAACAAUCCCGGUAUCGGCACUAACGUUGGCGACCCACCUGGCACAAACGUCGUUACCUUCCAGCCGACGAUUGAGAAAGAGGCCAACAGCGCCACCCAACAGAACUCAUUCCAGAACGUGCUCUUCAUGGAGCCGUACAAGAAGUUCUCUGCCGAGGAAUUGCGACUAGCUGAUUACACCCAAGGUCGACGCUAUGGCAAUGCUUCUGGCGGAGGUGCCUUCGGUGUGAACUCGAGCUUUGGAUCUGGAGGAUUCGGCGCCAACAACAAUACCGCAACGGGGUUCGGUGCUACGGCUACCACGAGCACAACGACAGGCGGCCUCUCAAGCGGCCUCUUCGGAGGCACUGCUACGGGCCAACAAGCCACAAGCGGAACCGGAGGGUUUAUCCAGGCAGGGAGCACCACAGGCGGGUUCGGUAGCACCGGCGGUGGAUUGUUCGGUGCAGCCAAGCCGGCCACGACUGGUCUCUUCGGCAGCACCGCGGCCUCGCAACCCGCUCAGACAGGUGGGCUGUUUGGCGGUGCUGCAACGGGAGGCGGCGGCUUUGGCUCUGCUGGAACGACUGGCAGUGCAUUCGGCUCCUCUACCACCGGCGGAGGCUUGUUCGGGUCUAGCAACCCUGCCGCCGCCACCGCAUCCAAACCUCCAGGGUUUAGUUUCGGCACCGGCGCGGCUACAGGCACCACGGGUGGCUUCGGUAGCGCUGCAACUACCGGUGCUUUCGGUAACGGUGCAGCAACCACUGGCGGUGGCCUAUUCGGCAACAAUGCCCAGCAACAGCCCCAGCAGCAACAACAAACCGGCGGUCUCUUCGGACAGCAGCAACAGCCGGCCAACACUGGCAGUGCAUUCGGAGGUGGAGGUUUUGGCCAGCAGGCUCAGCAGGGAACAUCCUCUCUUUUCGGUGCCGCCACACAAAAGCCUGGAGGCGGCCUCUUCGGCGGGGCGGCCCCUGCCACGACGACUACGGGUGGUGGUUUGUUCGGAUCGGCUCCUGCAAACGCUGCUACCCCCUUUGGUGGCAAUCAGACGAACCAGGCAGGCGGCGGCCUCUUUGGCGCAAAACCUGCUGGGUCUGGCGGGCUAUUUGGGGGCUCGACGACCGCACAGCCUGCGGCUACCGGAGGUGGCCUGUUCGGUGGAAGUCUUGGCUCUAACAUUCAGGCCCAGCAACAACAACCGGCACAGGCCGGUGGCCUGUUUGGAGGCCUGGGCCAGGGUGCUCAGGCGAAGCCGUCCAUGUUCGGCACUACCCAGGGCACCGGAGGCGGUCUUUUUGGUGCCCAAAACCAGCAGCCUCAGCAGGGCAGUCUGUUCGGCUCAACACAGCAACUGCCUAUCCAGGGCGGCUCGCUAUUCGGAGCUUCGCAGAACCAGUCCGCACCUCAGUCGCUCACCACGAGCCUGGCUGAUAUGUCGGCUUUCGGUACCGGCUCUCUCUUUGCAGGCGUGGGCGGCAACGAUGUGCAGAACCCCGGUCCUUUGGCGACGCCACUUUCAUCGGCCAAGAAGCAACCUGCGAGAGCAUCGAUCCUGCCCAUUUACAAGCUCUCCAAGCCCCAGACACCUAAGCGGGGCUUUGGAUUCUCGUACAGCACCUACGGCUCACCGUCCACACCCUCGAGUGCUAACAGCACCCCGGGUGGUUUCGGACAGAGUAUUCUGGCCGGCAGCCUCGGGCGUAGUCUGAACAAGAGCAUCUCGACUAGUAAUCUGCGGCGGUCGUUCAACGCGGAGGAUAGCAUUCUUGCACCCGGUGCCUUCUCAGCUAGCACUGGACCUAAGAGCUAUGGCAACAAUGGGAGCAUCAAGCGGCUGGUUAUCAAUCGGGACAUCCGAAGCGAGCUUUUCAGCACGCCCAACAAGGAUCGCUCAACUCCCGAGGUCGGCAGCGCUCGCAAGACCAAGCGUGUGAGUUUUGAUACAUCGACUGCCGCCACCAUCGAGGAUGGCACCCACUCUCCACCGGAUGACUCCGCGUCUUCCUCCAGCCGUGCUCAGGACCUCGGCUAUCUCCGACCAGCCACCCGUGGCACCAAUGGCGUCAACGGCUCGUCUAGAUCGGUCGCCUCCGAUGGUACUCCGGAGAUGGAACAGGUCAAGGGCAACGAGCUUGCCAUCGUUCAUGAAGAAGGGUCUCCUCACUCGGCGUCUCGCUCUGUCGACAACGGUAGCGACGCGGAAGCUGGUGACUAUUGGAUGCACCCGUCCAAGGAGGAAAUUCACAACAUGAACAGAAUGCAGCGCCAGAACGUCACAGACUUCACGGUUGGUCGUAAGAACAUCGGUAACGUGAGGUUCAGGGUUCCCGUGGAUCUCAGCAACAUCGAUAUCGACGAGAUUUUCGAGGGCCUUGUUGUCUUGCAUCCCCGAUCGUGCACCGUCUACCCAAACCCCGCCAAGAAGCCCGCAAUGGGCAAGGGCCUGAAUGUCCCUGCCGAGAUCACUCUAGAACAAUCCUGGCCCCGCGGUCGGGAUAAGGCUGGCAGCCGCGGGCUCAGCAAGCACGUUGAGCGUCUGAAGCGAAUUCCGGACACGGGCUUCGUGAGCUACAACCCCGAGACUGGCGUUUGGGUUUUCACCGUUGAGCACUUUACCACAUACGGUCUCGACGACGAUGACGAUGACGAGGAGACUGAGCUCGACGCUGCUGCUCCUCAGCAGCCUCUGGCACCCAAGCCCAUUUUGGCCCAGCCUCAACAUUCAGACAGCCGACCCUACGAUGCCCACUACGACGAGAGCCUGGAGAACAGGCGCGCUCGACGCAUCGUUCCCGGCGCCUUCGAUCCUGCUGCUGAGGCCAUGGACGAGGAGGAAACGCCAGAAUAUCGUGGCAAUGUACGACCUCCUUCGCCGAAUGAAUCUUCUGAGUCCGAACGCGGAGACCACGCGGCUGACAUUGCCCAAGAACUGUCAGAUCUCGAUAUGGGCGUCGAGGGGGAGGAAGACUCGCCCGAUAUUCUGGCGACCCAGGAUCGCCUGCAGCACUCGCUUCAUUUGACGCCGGCGGUGCAGCCUCCGGGUGUUCCCGCCAGCAUCGUGAGGGCCAGGAUGCGGGCCAUCAAGGAGUCGACAGCCCCAGAGAGAUUCGAGGUCACUGGGGGAGAUGACUGGAUGCACAUCCUUAAGAAGUCUGUGAACGCAGGUCGGCCCCGCGACAGGGCUGCUCUGCAUAGCCUUAAUGAGGCCCCGGUGAACAGCAUUGGUGGAUCGCGAAACAAGGAGAAGCCAAGCAACCGGCGAACCGAGCCUGAUGGGCGAGGGUUCGCAACCAGCAUCGACCUGAUGAACUCGUUAUUUGGCAAGGACAAGUCUGCCGUUGCUUCUGAAGAAGGUCCGGCGUCCGGCAUGGACGCCUUUAACCGGCCGGCCAAACCCUUCAUCAAGUGGCCGUACCAGAAGCAGCAUCAACGAGAUUCGACCGAUGCCACGAAAAUGAACCCUCGCGAGCGCCAGUUUCACCUCUCCUUCAAGCCGCGGUGGGGUCCCGGCAACGCUCUUCUUGUCGUCAAACCCAGGGGCUCGUUCCAAGGUCCCGAUCGAGGGGGCGUGGGACAAGCUGGCACUGGCAUUGCCACGCGCUCACAAGAGCUGUGGAAGAUUCAAGCAUUUCCUCUCCCCAGCGCUACGACUUAUUGGUCAAUUCGGGAGAGUGGCAUAGACCAAGCGCCGAGCCAGCCCAGUUUGGAUGCCCUCCCCGCCGGCCCCCCUGAAUCUGGAGCGGUGCGCUCGUUUUCGGACGUGGUCAUGGCCGGCAAGGCCGUGUCGCAAUCAUCGCCGGUAAAGGUGUAUGAGCAGUCGGUGUGGGAGCUGGCAAGCAUUCUUUUUGACCCCAUCGCCCAAGGCAGCGACGAGAAGAGGAUUCGCAGACAGAAGCUAUCCGCCUUCUGGAGAAAUCUUGUUUUCCCCAAGACUUCCAGGGCCAUCGACAAUGCUUGGUCAGCAGAUAGGAAGGCAGUCGCCUGCCUCACCGGGCAUCAGGUUAUAGAAGCCUCUCGGUAUCUCAAGGACGCGAAGCAUUACAAACUCGCCACACUUGUUCCUCUCAUUGGCACUAGCGACUGGGCUAAGAAGGAUAUGGCCGAACAGCUUCAGGAUUGGCAGCAUGGGGAUGUUUUAGCCGAGAUGGAGACGACGGUACGGAUCAUCUACUGUCUUCUCGCCAGUGAGGUGACUGUCUGCAAAGGCAAGACAGGUGCGGGCAGCGAGAAUCGCCUCGAAACUAUCGUCCUCUCGGAACACCUAGGUCUCAACUGGCAACAGUCGUUUGGCCUCAGGCUAUGGUACGGCAUCUCGUCCGACGAUGACAUUGCCGCGGCUGUGGCGGAAUACGAACACGACAUGGAACAAGGGCUGACGCCCCGUCCUGUCCCUUGGUAUCAAGAAGGUGCUGCAUAUGGCGACAAGGAAAACGCUACCGCGGCCCAGGACAUAAUGUGGGGUCUUCUGAAGCUGUACUCAGGACGGGCCAGCUUAGAAGAAGUGCUGCAGCCCGAGAACUGGCACCCUUCGCCCCUGGACUAUUCUCUCUGCUGGCAGCUUGCCCAUCUCCUCUCGGACUCUGGAAAGGAGCCAUUGCCGCACCAGUCUCAGUCCACGGUCGACUCUCUGGCGUUAUCAUACACGGCCCAGCUGACGAGCGAUAGGAGCUGGCUUCCCGCUGUCCAGCUCUCGGCAAGAGACAGGGGCGAUAUGCAAGCUUACGAGGUCACUUCAUUUAUCCACGACUUGGACUGCAGGGCAAAGCUACUAGACAAGGCCUCUGUCGAGGACGCGGCGAGGCGUGUGCUUGUGUAUCGGAACAUGGCCAAGGCUUGGGAGCUUCCUUUCCUGGCGGUGAAGCAGGGACGAGUCAGACACGAAGCAGACGCCAAAGAGUCUCGGCGCGAUGCGGCUGGGUAUGCUCUUGUGCACCGCUAUCUCGGCAGCCAAGUCAACUGCUUGGAUCCGAUCAACAUUCAAAUCCCAACCGCGGAGUUAGUGUAUCUGAAGUAUGCGGGACAGCACCAUGAGAUGGAGAAGGUGGUGGUGAGGAAGCUGGAUGCCCUCAAAAUCCUGGUUUCGCCCCCCGCACAGGACCUGCCGGGCUUCAUCAAGUGGAUGCGCAACCGACCGGUCAAGGACGGGCUGAGCGAGGUCGCGGCGUUGGCCGAGAGGGUGGCGAAAGGCGAGCGACUGUCACACUUUGACACGCCUUUUGACUACGACGGGUACCUGGGGAUGCUCAAGAAGAAGCGGGAAGAGGCGGACGAGAAGGACGUGCUGAUGCUGGCGGCAAUUUCGACGCUGAGCAAAUGGGUUGAGGCGCAGCGCCUGGCUGGAUACUGA